CAGCCUUUAUUUACCUUCAGGCUUAAAGGCAAAGCUCCUGAUGCAGAGACUAUAUCAGACCAGAGCAGACUGUUGUCUUCUCAGAUAAAGGGAAGAAGAAAGAUCCAGCAAGGGUGAGGUGUGCAUCCACCUCCCAGCCUGCACCCCCAAGAAUGGGAACCCCAGCCACCUUGGCCUGCCUGCUCCUUCUCCUGCAUCUCACAGCUGGGAUCUCUUCAAAGACGUAUUAUGUGGUGGUGAUACCAACUGAGCUCUACCACCCACACAAGGGGAUGAUGUGGGUCCAUCUGGCCAACUUCAAUGAAACCGUCCUGGUGACUCUCCAACUGGAAAGACAGAGCCCAUCCAGCAACAUCAGCCUGCUAGAGAAGAAGGUCAAGGAGCCCAAUCUGACGGAGAGUGUGUCCUUCUUGGUGCCAGCCCCAACCACCAGCGGGGAGGAAGUUGCCCACCUGCACAUCUCAAUUGAAGGAGAUUCCCUGAAGUUCUCAGAGCGGAAGAAAGUGCUCCUGAAAGCACUGGAGCCUGGGACCUUUGUACAGACAGACAAACCCAUCUACAAGCCUGGACAGACAGUGAACUUCCGGAUCGUCAGUUUGGAUAAAGACUUUGUUCCCAGUAACAAGAAGGUGCCCCUGGUGACCCUGCAGGAUCCCAAUGGGAACCGGAUCGCUCAGUGGCGAGAUGUGGCCCCCCAGCAGGGCAUCGUGGACCUGUCCCUCCCUCUGUCUGCAGAGCCGGCCUUGGGGACGUACUCCAUCGAUGUGGAGGGCACUAAGCACUCCUUCAGCGUGGAGGAAUACGUGCUGCCCAAGUUUGAAGUGACCCUUGAGUUGCCCCCUGUGGUGACAGUGCUGAAGGAGACGUUAGAAGUGCGAGUGUGUGGCCAAUACACCUACGGGAAGCCCGUUCAGGGGACAGUCCAGAUCAGCCUGUGUCAAAAAGCCUGGCGUUUCCGAUUUAGUCGUAAUGAAGCCCAACAAUUGUGCAUGGAGUUUACUGGCCAGACCGAGAAGAAUGGAUGCUUUUCCAAGAAAGUGUCAAUGUCUCAUUUUAACCUGACUUCCUCUGGAUACAGAACGAACCUCCAGGCCACAGCCUCACUAACGGAGGAAGGGACAGGGGUAGAGCGCAAUGUGACCAAGAGCUGCUGGAUCGUCUCUGACAUUGUCUCGGUGACCUUUGAGAAAGCUGAUGCUUCGUACAAGCCUGGAAUCCCCUUUGUUGGCAAGCUGCUCCUGAAGGUGACAGACAGCUCUUCAGUGAAGAAUGAGAAGCUUCAUCUCUUUGUUACCCAUGGGGGAGGGACAGAGAACAAGACAUUUGUGACAGAUGAAUCUGGGAGAGCCUCCUUUGAGCUGGACUCGUCCAGCUGGACUGGGACAGUUACUCUAAGGGGGCAGUUCAAAGAGGUGGAUCACAGUUAUGUGCGUGGGAGAGUCUCUCCCCAAUACAGAGAUGCCUACCAUUCCCUGGAGCCCUUCUACUCAGAGAGCAAGAGUUUCCUGAAGAUCCAUGCACAGGGAGAGGUGCUUCCCUGUGAUCAGACCCAACAGCUUCAAGUGGAGUACAUCAUUGCCAGGAAGGCCCUGGGAGCUGAGACCAAGAGCCUGGAUUUCUACUUCCUGGUUGUGGCCAAGGGAGCCAUCAUAAGGAGCCUGUGGAAAGGACUAGACUUUGGAGAGGGGGCUGAGCUGAAGGGCUCCUUCUCCACUGAGCUGCCUGUUGGGGCUGAGCUGGCACCCUCUGCCAAGGUGCUGGGUUAUACAGUGCUGCCCAGUGGAGAGAUGGUUGCCGAUAGCACUGAGCUUCACAUGACCAAGUGCUUCCUGAACAAGGUGAAGCUGGCGUUCUCGCAGGACAGGGCCCUGCCAGGCUCCGAGCUCCACCUCCAGGUACAGGCCUCCCCUGGCUCCCUGUGCGCUGUCCGGGCCGUGGAUCAGAGUGUGCUGCUCAUGAAGCCCGAGGCUGAGCUCAGUGUUGACACGGUCUAUAACUUGCUUCCACGUUUCCCCAAAGGAAGCUAUCCCUACAAGGCUCAAGAUCCUGACACACACUGUCCAGGACCAUUUUGGCGGCCAUCCAUGAGAGUUCCCAUAGGUUCGGCUUUUGGCCGUCGUGACAACCUGAGACAACCUAGUAAAAGAGCAGUUAACCCUGAGAAUUGUCUAGUACGUCCAUUUCCUCCUCCUGAAAGUGACAUGUCUGAACCUAUGAUAUUACUGCCACUGUCACGGCCAUGGCCACCGCGAAGGCGACCACCACCAUUUGGGUAUCAACUUCCUUCUCUCCAGAGCCAUUCUGACACCUACAGCUUGUUUCAGAAUGCAGGUUUGAAAGUUGCCACUAACACCAACAUCAGGAUGCCCUGCUUGACUGAAGAAUUUAUUCCUGUCCGUGAAACUUACAAACACUACAAAGGCCCAGCAGGUCCGCUACUCACUGGAGAGCGGAGAUCAAGGGAGCGAAUUAGAGUGGGGAUGGGAUCAAGAGCUCCUGAGAAUUCCCUGGACAAUGUCAUGCCAGAGCCCAUCAUCCAUGAGGAGCCUGCACCACGGGCAUACUUCCCAGAGACAUGGCUGUGGGAUCUGGUCCCUGUGGGCGAGGAGGGCUCCAACAAUGUCCCAGUCACCGUCCCUGACAGCAUCACAGAGUGGAAGGCCGGGAUGUUCUGCACGGCAGAUGUUGGCUUUGGACUUUCCUCCACGGCCACCUUGACAGCCUUCAAGCCAUUCUUCGUGGAGCUGGCCUUGCCAUAUUCUGUGAUCCGUGGAGAGGCCUUCACCCUAAAGGCCACUGUCUUCAACUACCUGCUGCAAUGCAUCAAGGUGCAGGUGACACUGGUGGAGUCUACGCAGGUCCAGGCACAGGCUGGCGAGGACAGCGCUUACACCAGCUGCCUCUGUGCAGAAGAGGGGAAAACCUUCCAGUGGGAGGUGACAGCCACCAGCUUUGGGGAAGUGAACUUCACUGUCAGCACCGAGGCCCUGCACACCCAGGAGCUGUGUGGCAAUGAGGUGGUUAUAGCGCCUGCCCAGGGGAGAGUGGACACUGUGAUAAAGCCCCUGCUUGUCCAGCCGGGCGGGAUCCUGGAGGAGAAGGCGCACAGCUCCCUGCUCUGCCAGGAAGUGUCAGAGAACAUCUCCCUGGCGAUUCCUGGGAACAUAGUGGCAGGCUCUGAGCGAGCCCACGUGACUGUCCUGGGUGACAUGAUGGGCGCAGCUCUGCAAAACAUCGACCGCCUGCUGGCCAUGCCACAUGGCUGCGGAGAGCAAAACAUGGUUCGGUUUGCUCCCAACAUCUACAUCCAGCAGUACCUGGAGAAGAGCGGCCAGCUAACCCCAGAGAUCAGAGACAAGGCCCAGGGCUUCCUGAAGAGUGGGUACCAGCGUGAGCUGAAAUACAAGCAUGAUGAUGGCUCUUAUAGCGCUUUUGGGAAGAGCGAUGCCACAGGCAACACCUGGCUGACGGCCUUUGUUGUCAAGUGUUUUGGCCAAGCCAGACCCUACAUCUUCAUUGACCAGCAGCACAUUGAGGAUGCCCUCAAGUGGCUGCAGCAGCACCAGAUGGAGAGCGGCUGCUUCCAGAGUGUGGGGAAACUGCUGAACAAUGCCCUGCAGGGCGGUAUCUCGAAUGAGCUCUCUCUCUCCGCUUACAUCACGGCUGCGCUGCUGGAGCUGGGGCUGCCGCUCAUGGACCCCAUGAUGAGCAAGGCCCUCCAGUGCUUGCACAAAUCCUCCAACACCACUGACAUCUACACACAGGCGCUGCUGGCCUACUCCUUCGGGCUGGCAGGGGACAUGCAGCUGUGGAGUGCCCUUCUGAAAAGCCUGGCCCAGUACAGCACUAGCUCUGGGGGGCAGCUCCAUUGGGAGAGGAAGGUGAAGCCGCCGCCUGGCACUGAUUCCUUCUGGGCCCAAGCCCUGUCAGCUGAAGUGGAGAUGACCGCGUAUGUUCUUCUGGCCUAUCUCUCCCCACCCAAAGAGGCUACUGCUGACCUGGCGACUGCCUCCCAGAUUGUCCGCUGGCUCAGCAAGCAGCAAAAUCCCUAUGGCGGCUUUGCGUCCACACAGGACACGGUGGUCGCCCUGCAGGCCCUGGCCAAAUACGCAGCUUUGACAUACAGCGUGAGCGGGGACAUGACGGUGACAGUGAAGUCGCAGGGCAGUUUCCAGCAGGAAUUCCACGUGGACAACACCAACCGGCUGGUGCUGCAGCAAGCGACCCUGCCGCAGAUCCCUGGGGAGUACACAGUGAUGACCCAGGGACAGGGCUGUGCCCUGGUGCAGCUGACCCUGCGCUACAACCUGCCACCAAAAAGCACCACAACCUUUGACCUGCGUGUGGAGACAGACCCUAAGGAGUGCACUGGGAAUGCCAGAACCCACUUCAGCCUCAUCCUUCAUGCUCGGUACAGCGGAGAACGCUCAGCCACCAACAUGGCCAUCCUCGAGGUCAAACUGCCAUCCGGCUACCUCCCUGACAAGAAGUCCGUGAGGAAGCUGGAGAACGAGGGUUUGGUGAAGAAGCUGGAGCUGUCUGCUGAUGAAGUGAUACUCUACUUGGACCAGCUGACUAAAGAGGAGACAACGUUCACCUUUUCUGUGGAGCAGGAUUUCCCUGUGAAGAAUCUCAAGCCAGCCACUGUGAGACUGUACGAUUACUACGAGAUGGGUGAACACACAGAAGCUGACUACAGUGCCCCGUGCAGCUCAGCCCCCGGCACAGAGGAAGGAAAUUCUCGCUGAUGCCACUGGUCUGGCCUCCCAGCUGGGCCCCUGCCCUCCCAUCCCAAACACCUCAUCAGCAGCCAGACACGCAAGGAUCUGCCGAGCUGACUGGCCCUUUUUCAGCAGCUGCUCCUAGUCCCAGCUGCCCCCUUUCCUCUCAGCCUGGGCUAGAUGGAGCUUGCAGCUGAGCAGUCAUAACACAGACCCUGAACAUCUUCUGCAGACAACACAUCUGAGGGUGCUCUGGAAAUGUGCCUCUGCCAUACCCUCUCAACCUUCAACCCUGCCCGCAUGACUGGAGCCCAUGUACGUGGGACCAGUGGGACUGCUGGGAUUUGCCUGCCUGCUGUGGUAGAAGCAGCACAUUAGAAUCUGUGACAUGUCA